CACCAUCAGGACCAGAGGACUGUCAGGAGCCUGCGAAGCGAUGCGAAAAAAUUGUGCAUGUAAACACGUUGAUGGAGAGUUCUAUGUAUGCACUGACUGCGUGCGGUAUGUUUACAUCUGAUGAAGAAUAGCGUAUGUCAAAGGGUUAUUACGAGGAAACAACUGGGAAGGUCGUUACGCACGCCAAACGCCGACGCUGCGUAAAAAACGGAUGAAACGUUAGCAACACGGAUGCGACGACAAUAAUAGCUUACAUAUUUAUUUAUUUAUUUUUUCCGGGAAGACGUUUACACCUGCCGUUCUUUGGGGGGAAAUACAUUAACCGUCUUUUUGCAGUAUAUGUCAUCCCAUGUGACGGGCUUUCAUGGUUAAAUGGUCGCUGGCGCCUAGUAGUGGGAUGCACAUCAGUGUUCUGCCCUACUCCUUCUCCGUCGCAAUGGCCGCUCUAUAUCAGGUCACGGACGUGUCCUCUCCGGAUAAAUUUCUGGCCCUGAAAGACGUGAGGGAGGUGAAGGAGGAGACUACUCUGGAUGAAAAGCUCUUCCUACUGGCCUGUGAGAAAGGUGACUACUACAUGGUGAAGAGACUGCUGGAGGAGAAGACAGAGCUCAAUAUCAACUGUGUAGACGUGCUGGGGAGAGACGCUGUCACCAUCUCUAUAGAGAACCAAAACCUGGACAUCCUUAAGCUUCUGCUGGAGCACGGCUGCCAGAAACUGAUGCAGCGGAUCCAGAACCCUGAGUACUCCACCACCAUGGACGUGGCGCCAGUGAUCCUGGCGGCCCAUAGGAACAAACUAUGAGAUACUGACCAUGUGCUGAAGCAGGAUAUCUCCUGCCCAGGCCCGGAUUUGCUGCUGCGACGGUGUACUGUCUCUGUAAAAAAUGCCAAGAACAAGAAGGACAGCCUCCGGCACUCCAGGUUUCGUCUGGACAUCUACAGGUGCCUGGCCAGCCCGUCUCUGAUUAUGCUGACCGAGGAGGACCCCAUCCUCAGGGCCUUUGAGCUGAGUGCAGACCUCAGGGAGCUCAGCCUGGUCGAGGUGGAGUUCAGGAAUGACUAUGAGGAGUUAGCUAAGCAGUGUAAGAUGUUUGCUAAGGACCUCCUGGCCCAGGCAAGUUGUAACUCCAGGGAGCUGGAGGUGAUCCUCAACCACACGGCCAACGAAGUCACGGUGGACAAGAGAGGCCUGAUGGAGGAACGCAUGAACCUCAGCCGGCUCAAACUAGCUAUCAAGUACAACCAGAAAGAGUUUGUGGCCCAGUCCAACUGCCAGCAGUUCCUCAACACCGUCUGGUUCGGCGAGACGGCCAGCUACCGGCGUAAACACACGUGUCUGAAGAUGUCCACGGUACUGAGCGUGGCGGUGCUGUGGCCGCUGCUCUCCCUGUGCUACCUAGUGGUGCCGCGCUCCCGCGUGGGCCAUAUCAUCCACACGCCCUUUGUCAAGUUCAUCAUACACAGUGCCUCCUACUUCACCUUCCUCCUGCUCAUCAACCUGUACUCUCUGGUGUAUAACGAGGGCAAGAAGAACACCAUGGGUCCUGCCCUGGAGAUGAUCGACUACCUGCUCAUACUCUGGAUCAUAGGGAUGGUGUGGUCGGACGUGAAGCGUCUAUGGUACGAGGGCUUGGAGGACUUCCUGGAUGAGUCGAGGAAUCAGCUGAGCUUUGUCAUGAACUCUCUCUACCUGUCCACCUUCGCCCUCAAGAUAGUGGCUCACAGCAAGUUUAAGAACGUGGAGGACACAGAGAGGAAAAAUUGGGAUGCCUUCCACCCCAUCCUUGUGGCUGAGGGGCUGUUUGCCUUCGCUAACGUCCUGAGCUACCUACGACUGUUCUUCAUGUACACCACCAGCUCAAUACUGGGCCCACUGCAGAUCUCCGUUGGCCAGAUGCUGCAGGAGUUUGGUAAGUUCCUGGGUCUGUUCCUGCUGGUGCUCAUCUCUUUCACCAUCGGCCUGACGCAGCUCUACGGGAAGGAUCAGAAGGACCCGGCCAAGAGUCCCGCCAAAGACUGUGAGGGCAUCUUCUGUCAGCAGCAGAGCAACGAUGCCUUCCACACGUUCAUGGGAACGUGCUACGCUCUGUUCUGGUACAUCUUCUCUCUGGCCCACGUGGCUCUCUUCGUGACCCGGAUCAACUACACGGAGGAGCUGAGGUCAUUUGUGGGAGCCCUCAUCGUGGGCACGUACAACAUCGUGGUGGUCAUCGUUCUCACCAAGCUGCUGGUCGCCAUGCUCCACAAGAGCUUCAGGCAGAUCGCUAACCACGAGGAUAAGGAGUGGAAGUUUGCCCGCGCCAAGCUGUGGCUGAGCUACUUUGACGACAAGUGUACCCUGCCGCCGCCCUUCAACAUCCUACCCUCCCCCAAGACUGUGUGUUACCUUCUGACCAGUAUGAGUAAAUGGAUCUGCUCCCACACCUCCACGGGGAAGGUCAAGAGACAGAACAGCCUCAAGGAGUGGAGGAACCUGAAGCGGAAGCGUGAUGAGAACUACCAGAAGAUCAUGUGUUGUCUGGUCCAUCGCUACCUGACGUCCACCAGGCAGAAGAUGCAGAGCACCGACCAGGCCACCGUAGAGAACCUCAACGACCUGCGGCAGGACCUCUCCAAGUUCCGCAACGAGAUGAGAGACCUGCUGGGAUUCAGAACCUCCAAGUACGCCAUGUUCUACCCCCGGAGCUAAGACUGACCUGAUCUGAACCUCAACCCAACCUCAACCCAACCAUGUUCUACCCUUGGAGCUAGAACUGAUCUGGUCUCAACCUCCACCCAACCUCAACCGGCCAGCUAAGACUGGUCUCAACCCCAACAUCAACCCCAACCAGCCCUGUCAGCUUCUUCACCCAGGGGGUCCUAUCUCUGACCCUAGCAUGCUCAGAAAUGACCUUGUGUCCAGUCACAGAGAGACAUUUAAACCUGGAACUCCACUGGAAAUAUAUAUAUAUAUUCUGCACCAAAGUCUCCAGAUUCACCCAGAUCCCUUAUGUAAUAAUAUUUAGUCAUCCUACUUGUUUUCUAAAAUUGUCAUUGUUUUCAACAAAGGACUUAAUAAAAUGUAAUGGAAAAUA